AUGGUCCGUAAGCAUCUGCUGAUGAAUGCAUCCAUCUUUCCACCAACAGUCACAGACUUUACUCGCGACAUCAAAUAUAUCGGAAGUCGUACUCCUGGGGUUGAGCACUCUAGAAUGUGCGUGGAAAAUAUACUGCCCUUCACCAGCCGAGUGAGCAAUAUAAGUGAGAACUGUCUGAGUCUGCGAAUCGCUCGACCUUCAGGGGUACAGAGGGAUGCCAAGCUACCAGUUGCGGUCUGGAUACAUGGAGGAGACCAUGCACUGGGUUCAGUUUCCGAUCAAUUGUACACUCCCGACGGCUUGCUGAGGGCGGCUGCUGCGGCAGGGAAACCAUUAAUAUAUGUUGGUAUCAACUAUCGCUUGAUGAUAUUUGGCCUCGCCACGAGCAAGGCAAUGAUUGAGACCAAGCAGACAAAUGCAGGAUUGCGCGAUCAGCGAGCUGCUUCACAGUGGGUUCAGGAUCGCAUUGAAGUAUCCGGGGGUAACCCAGAUAGAGGUAUCAUUUCACGAAGCGUGGGAGCCAGCGACAUCGGCCUGCAUCUGACAUCAUUCAACGGAUCCCAAGACGUCCUUUUCCAGCAAGCAAUGAUGAUGUCCGGCGCACCCGGCGUCAACUUCAACAGCGACCCGGUCUUCGUUGCGAACAACACUGUGGCCAUAGCCAGGCAAGUAGGGACGUCUCAACUAAUGCGUACCGGUAAAUUCGUCAAGAAUAUUCCCAUAGUAGCAUCGUGGGUGAUCGAUGAUGGGGCUUGGUAUGCAUCUCCGCAGACAGCCACAGACGAAGACGUCCUUGGUAGCUUCGGGCUCUGGCUACACGGCCUAUUUCAAUCAACGAAAGAAAAGCUCUUGCGAUUGUACCCGGUAGAAUAUUUCAACCACAUGGUCCGCCCAAACUAUCACAGUGGAAUGUCGCCGCAAUAUUUCCUUACGGCGCAGAUGAGUCGGGAUAUCUGGUUUGCCUGCCCCGUAUUGGAUCUUUCAUGGCAGUAUGCCCAGACCGGAGGUUCAAACGCAUCGUGGACCUGGUUAGUGGCACAUCUCAGUGACAUACCAUAUGUGUUCAAUAACCUGCACUUUGCAGGGGGUGCGGAUAACUCGUUGGAUCAAAUGGCGCUCAGUGAGACGGUUAGUAAGGCGAUUGUCCAUGAAGGUCGCCCGGGAGGAGAGGGUGCUGGUGUGCAGAAAUGGUCAUCUGCAUAUCCUACUACGCGCGAUGGGCAGCGAUCAAGAGAGAGUGCUAGUAAACUGUCGAUUCAGCUCAUCGGGGGUCCUCUGGGGUUGUUGGAGGUGGCGAUUGGUAGAGACGGGGAUAUCGGUGUGAUGACGGCAGCACAGCAAGCAUUAGCGUGGGAGAGGUUGUUUGAUCGGUGUGAUUUUAUCAACAGUCCUUAG